AAGCAGAAAAACGAGGAGAGAAGUUCUAGUGAGAGAAACUAACAAAACAUCGAAACAACACACUAUCCUCUCUCCUUUUCCUAGAGAGAGAAACUUGAAAAAUCUCAUCUUUUUGUGCUCCAGUAUUCAGAUUCGCCGGAAAAUACUCCGUUUCUUCAUUUCCGGCCGGCGAGUUCAGCUCAAUUCACGAAAUUAUUACUUACUCUGAUGAUAUAUAUUUGUAUAUAGAUCGAGAGAGUAAUGGAUAGGAUUAGAGAUGGGAGACGAGCUGCUGCUUCGAAUAUUCUUAACGGAUUAUCGCGACGGCGUCAUCGAACUAGCUCUUUUAGAGAUUCACCUGAGGACGAAACGGAGAUGCAUGAACCAGCGAGAUUGAGGGAGAGAGGAGUGAAGAAAGAUCGAGAGAGAGAUCGAGAUCGAGAGAGGGAGCGGUCGAGGAGUAGUAAGCGGAGAAGAGCUGACAGAUUGAUGAACGCCGCCGAUGAGAGCUCGGAGGAAGACGAGAGUGUAAAUGAUGAAGAGGAUGAAGAUGAUGAUGUGUCCGCUAAUUUCUCCAGGAUGUUACCGCCUCUGCCUACUCCGAUCUUAUCGCAGCCGUCGAUUUCGAGUAAUUAUAAUAAUCAUAACAAUUCGCAUAGUUAUAGUCAUAGUCAUCAUCAGAAUCUGAACCGGAAGAGUUUGUUAUCGGACGGUGGUAAGAUGUAUAAAGCGGCUGUUCCGGCGUGGAAAGCUGCCGCUGAUGAAAUGAUUGGUGUCUCUGUUCCGAGGAAGGCCAGAACUGCAUCAACGAAGAGGUCGCAUGAUUGGGUUUCUAGUGGUGGUGGAGGAGAGCAGAUGAAUCACCGGCAAGCUUCAAGUUCACCGGUUAGAGGAGGAAUUGCUAUGUCAACGCAGUCUGGGGCGGUUUUGAGGGAGGCUGCUCCUUUGUCGCCUCCUUCAUCUUCUAAUGUUUCAAUUAAGAAGAAAAUUAAGCCUAGUGGUGGAGUAAAGCCCAGACCACAGCCACGGUCCACCACAACUUCAAAGUCUUCGUCUUCAAAUAAUAAUCCGGAGGAGCUGGAAAUUGAGAUUGCUGAGGUUUUGUAUGGACUCAUGACUCAAUCUCAAGCUCCUUCGAAAACUGAUUUAUCGUCCAAGAAUGAAUUUAACAACAUAUCUAGCAGUGAAGCUAAAUCUAGAGCCUCUUCUCCGGUUUCUAAUUCUUCUUCAGCAGCUCCGGUGACCACUGCUGCUCCGAAGAGGAAGAAGCCACGACAAUUGGUAGAUAAUAAUUUAGUGGGUCUUUCCGGCACACGGAGCUGUCCAGCAAUGAAGGUAGAAAUUGAUCAGAUGCCGAGGUCUGAACUUUGUCCUCCGAAUCUGGAAAGAAAUCCCGGAUCUGUAGCUGAGAACGGCGAAUCUGCAAAUUCAGGUAAAUCUGGUGCUGAAGCUUCAAAAUCUAUGAAGCUGGAAGCUAGCACGUUGUCUGAAUCGAAGGUGGUUUUGAUGGAAGAUGCCGGGGAAAGCCGUGAUGCGGUGUCAACAACCAAGGAAGAGGUAAAUUCUAUCAAGAAGGAUUCAUCCGUGGUUAAGUUGAAAGAUGUUCCCAAGGAGAUGAUGGUGACAUCGAUGGCGACAUCAACUAAUGUGAAAACAACAGCUCCAACAAUUGAGAAGAAACGGGAGGAUAAAUUAAAUAUAGAUCUAAUGGCUCCACCUCCUCAAUUAAGAUCAUCACCUGAAAGGGACAGAACUGUUACUUUUAUGGGUGAACCAAAUAGGAUGGUUUUUGAUAUGGAAAAGAAGGGAGAGAUAAGUAAAUCUAAAGAAACUGACAAAGUGAGAAUUAGCAAGGAAGAGACAGUGAUCCAAUCUGAUGAAAAAGGUGCAAAAAAGACAGUAAUCGAAGAAACUGAAUUCCCAAAAUCAUUUGUUAGCAAGGAGAGGAACAUUGAUCUCAGCUUUGAUUUGGAAAAGCCGGGUAUUGAUACUGUAAACAAUACUCAAAAUGAUCUUGCUGCGAAAUCACAAGUGCAAUACUCUAAGGCCACAUUUAAAGAAGAGCAAGAGCAACAAAACACGGACAAAAGUGUUCAAUCCAUCUCUUUGCCUCUACCCAUGCCUGUGUCUAGUUGGCCUGGUGGAAUUCCUCCUCCAAUGGGGUACAUGGCACCACUACAAGGAGUUGUAUCAGUUGAGGGGGGUAACAUGCCUUCAGCAACAGUUCAGCCUCUUUUCUGUCAGCCACGGCCAAAGAGGUGUGCCACACAUUGUCAUAUUGCGAGAAAUAUUCACUAUUAUCAACAACUCAUGAAGAUGAAUCCUUUCUGGCCAGCACCUUCUGGCACUGCUUCUAUGUUUGGAGGGAAACCCUCCAAUGUGAAUGUUAUGCCCCCUACAGAGCUACAUGGUAACAGUUCCGGAAGGAAUCUCAACUCCGUGCAAGACAAGGGGCAUAGUCUUGCCAUCUUCCCAGGCAAUGCUGGAAAAGAAAAUUUUGUCCAACCUUCUGGUGUUGCAGAUGCUGGACAUGGAAAACAACAGAUUUUACUUCACCAAGCUAUGCCUCCACCUCCCAAUAAUAUGAUGCAUGGACCUGCUUUCAUAUUCCCUUUCAACCAGCAACAGGCGGCUGUGGUAGCUACUUCAGGCAGGCCUGCAUCUGCAAAAUCUCCAGCUACCACAGGAAGCCUACCUUCUACCGGUGCACCAAAUUCAGCUACCGUGACUGCCUCAGCACCAGCACCUGCAAGUGCACUGGGUUUCAACUACCCGAAUAUGUCUGGAAAUGAAACACAGUACUUGGUGUUACAAAACAGUCCAUACCCAUUCCCGAUUCCAGCCGUAGGGGCACCACCAAAUUUUAGAGGCCAUACUCAGGCAAUGCCAAUGUUCAAUGGAUCUUUUUAUCCUUCUCAAAUGAUCCAUCCGUUGCAACUCCAGCAACAGCAAGCACCAACUUCUCAGCAACAACAAAUCCAACAAACUCAUCAGAACACAAGUGGUGGCUCCACGUCAUCACAGAAGCAUUUGCAGUCCCAACAGCACCGUCCACAAGGCAUUCCUAUCAAUGGUGGCGGAACCGGAAAUGGAGUCUUGCAGAACUUUGCUGCCCCCAAAAGUCGUUCAUCUCAACAUCCACAACAACAUCAUAAUCAGCAUAUACCCCCGUCACAAGCAAGGCAGCUUGAAAGUGAGGUGGCUGGUGAAGACAGCCCAUCAACUGCUGAUAGUCGAGGAUCUCGGGCUCCCGUGAAUGUAUACAAUCAGAACUUUGCCAUGCCCAUUCAUCCUCAUAAUUUUGCUUUGAUGAGCUCAUCUGCUGCUUCAGCUGGUAAUCCCGGUGGCAGUGGUGGAAAUCAGAAUGAUAAGAAGCAAACACACCAACAACAUCCAGGGUUCAAAUCAGGAGUUGAGUCCCUUCCAUCUCAAGCGUUUGCUAUGUCAUUUGGUCCCAUGAUUGGUUCCACUUCUGCUUCUGGAAUUGACCUGUCUUCCAUGUCCCAUAAUCAUGCCAUCCUUCAAAGCUUACCAGAGUCUACAAGGCAAAGCUAUCAUCAGAUGAUGCAGGCCGCAGCAACUGCCCAAUCUGUUCAGCAAAAGAAAAAUUCUAGAAUAUCAGAUGAUGGUAAAAUUGGGGGUUCUGCUUCAUCCAAUGUAGAUGAAGAGAGGAAGGUUAUAACCAGGAAGGGUCCAGCUUCUAGUGGUGGACAGUCCAUUAGUUUCUCUAGAUCAGACUUUAAUGAGGCAUCCGAGUCUGCAACUCCAAAAGAUAGUGCUUCUAACAGCAUAGCUCGAAUGCUGAACCUUGCACCUGGUGCUACUCGCAUGCCUAAUGUAAUGAAUAAUUCUCAGUUACAUGCUCAGUUGCAACAUCAGCAACAGUUGUUCCAGAUGCACACUCAGCAGCAACAGCAACAACUAGCAGCUAAUGUGACAGCUCGUAGUAAGACACCAACAAGUAAUGGGAUUUCAUCCUCCGAGCACUUAACUUCAUCAUCAGCAUCUGCGAAGUUUCCAAAUUCAAUAUCUGGCUUCCCACCAAAUUUUGUUCAGAGCAGCAAUAACAAUUGCCCAACACAAUCUUCACAAUGGAAAAACUCUAACAGAACUCCCACCUCAGUUCAGUCAUCACUGGUCUCAUCAACAUCAUCCCCCAAAAGUCAACAGCAGCAGUCAAGAACUUUACAAAACCACACUCAGAUAUCCUUCGGGACAAAUCAGAAAUCAUCAGCAUCUCAGAUGCAGCAGCAUCCUAAUUGCAGUCAGUCUCCAUCCCCUCCUGUUGCAGUAGGAUCUCCUACUCAUUCUUCCCUCUCUAAAGGUGCUAGCUCUAGCCCCAGGACAAAUACUACUUCCACAAACAAGACUGGCCAAGCAUCUACAUUGUCAUCGCAACAGGCCAAGAAUUCACCAUCUGCUCCGGGCCAAAAGUCUUCUCCGGCAGGUGGAAGGAAUGUUCCCUCAGUUCUUGGAAACCCUCACAGUGCACCUCUGAGUGGUACAACUAAAACCCAAAUUCAGAUGCAGCAGCUGCAACAACAACAGCGACAACAGUUUCAACAGCAAUUAUCAAAGCAAACACUGCAGCAGGCACUAGUUUUUUCGAAUCCUUAUUUUCAAGGGCAACCACCUAAUUCUGCUAGUUCUAAUACUUCAGCUGCUACUGGGUAUAAUCUUCAAAGAAGGCACUCUGAGCAACCGUCGCAGCAACCUCAAGGGUCCUCUCCAAGUUCUCCUGGAAUGUUUAUGUGUCCUCCAGCCACACAAUCUAAUACCAGCACAACUGAUCCUGCAAAAGCGGCAGCUGCAGCUGCAGCUGUGGCAGCAGCUGCUAGCAAUAUAAAAGGAGGUGGCUUCCCCUCGCAAGGAAUUCUCCAUUCUGCCCAGUUUGGUGUACAGUCGUUGCCUGUUGGAUUUUCCCAUGGUCACAGCGUGCCAGCUGCGGUCCAAGUAAAAGCGGAGCAGAAACAGCCAGCUGAGCAAAAGCAACCAGCCGGAAUUGAUAUUCGUAUACAUGUUGGCAGCCUGACAAGAAAUAAUUGAAGAUACACUGAAUCCUUGAAGCUUAGACUGACCGUCCGUGAAGACGGGGUGCCCUUUUUGAAGUAGCAACCCACAAUUUUGGGGAAGUUGAGUGGGAGGAAUGAACUGCAUGUGGAUUUGGGCUAGACAUGAAUUAUAGUUUGUUGAGUAUGUGCCCUUUUGUGCAUAAGCUCUUCUUUAGUCUGACAAUGUUGAUCAUGCAUUAAUGGUACUAAUUGAUCGUGACUAAGUAAGUUAACUGGGUAGCGAUUCACGAUUAGAGAGGAAUGCUAGAGGCAUGGCAUUUUUUAAAGGAAGCUGCAGAGUUGAUGAAGAAGUCUUCUUCCUUCCAUCUCGAUUUUGUGCAAUGUUCUGUUUAUAUACUUCUGGCGUAAUGUUUAUUACCAUGAAAAUAGAAAAAAAGUUUAGAUUUGGCAUAUAUAUAUGUGUAAUGGAGGGCAGUCCAUGUAUAUAUGUCUGGCACAUAUGAUAGUAAACCCCUCUAUAUUUUUUUAAUUUAAUGGUUCUCCUUGUC